GUGUAAAAGAGACGCCAUUUUGCAAGCGUCACUUGGCGGCGUGUCUGGUUUCGGGGAUUUAUAUUGUUUUAGCGCGAGCAAAGUAAAGAUAGUUUGUUAUUGUUAUUAAUAAUGUCGUAUCAGACGAGUGUGGCACAGGAUUCACUGGCUGCAGCCCAGUUGGAAAUGACCGGUAACCCUAAUGCUUUGGCGCUUCGUCGGCCAUUCGACCCUGUGGCUCAUGACUUGGAAGCCAGUUUUAGAUUGACAAGAUUUGCUGACUUAAAGGGAAGAAGUUGUAAGGUACCUCAAGAUGUACUAUCCAAACUUGUCGAAUCAUUACAGCAAGAUUAUUCUCAACAAGACCAGGAUCAAUUUAUGCAUGUGGCGAUCCCGCGCAUCGGCAUUGGCUUGGAUUGUUCUGUUACGCCGCUUCGACAUGGGGGUCUCUGUUUAGUGCAAACCACGGACUUUUUCUAUCCUCUAGUGGAUGAUCCCUAUAUGAUGGGGAAAAUAGCGUGCGCUAAUGUUUUGAGUGAUUUGUAUGCUAUGGGGGUAACUGAAUGUGACAAUAUGCUAAUGCUACUGGGCGUCUCGACUAAAAUGACUGAAAAGGAGCGUGAUGUUGUGAUUCCAUUGAUUAUGCGUGGUUUCAAGGAUUCAGCUCUAGAAGCUGGUACCUCAGUUACUGGAGGACAAACUGUUAUUAAUCCAUGGUGUACAAUCGGAGGGGUAGCAACAACUAUCUGUCAACCCAAUGAGUACAUUGUACCAGACAAUGCUGUUAUGGGCGAUGUUCUCGUUUUAACUAAGCCUCUUGGUACACAAGUGGCUGUGAAUGCUCAUCAAUGGCUUGACCAACCCGAGCGCUGGAAUAGGAUCAAAUUGGUUGUGUCUGAAGAAGACGUAAGAAAAGCUUAUCACCGUGCUAUGGAUUCUAUGAGCAGACUUAAUAGAAUUGCAGCAAGACUUAUGCAUAAAUACAAUGCUCAUGGCUCCACUGAUGUCACUGGAUUUGGCCUGCUGGGUCACGCUCAGAACCUUGCAUCACAUCAAAAGAAUGAAGUGUCAUUUGUUAUUCACAACUUACCAGUGAUCGCUAAGAUGGCAGCUGUUGCUAAAGCUUGUGGUAAUAUGUUCCAAUUAUUGCAAGGGCAUGCUCCCGAAACUUCUGGUGGACUGCUCAUCUGCUUACCAAGAGAACAAGCGGCAGCAUAUUGUAAAGACAUUGAAAAGCAGGAAGGUUAUCAAGCUUGGAUCAUUGGUAUUGUUGAGAAAGGCAAUCGUACAGCCCGAAUUAUUGACAAACCCCGAGUAAUUGAAGUACCAGCUAAGGAUUAAUUAAAAACAUUUGAGACAUUGAUUAUAAUUUUAAAGUGUAUCAUUUAAUAAAAUUCUUUCAUCUGAAUAUUACAAUCAGCAUUUUGGGUUUACUUUUGGUAUAUCUAGAUAUUUAGAUAUGAACAUAAAUAUGUGACUUAAGAAAUGCUUUUAGUAAAUUCAACUUUAUAGUGACUCGGCGUUUUAGAUACAUAAGUGAAAUUACUAUUAAAAUAAGAGGAUUCCAUUACAUAGGUACCCAUAAAGUUUUGUAAAUUUUUUGCAGAUCUGCAAAUUGUGGAAUAAGUAUAAUGUUUAGAAUAAAGUUAUUUUGAUUCUA